GCGACGUCAGACGGUGGUGGGAUGGCUCUAAGUGAGGUGAGAAGGAAAGAGAAAACGUCCUGAAGAAAGGAGCCUGGAGUGAGUGAGCGCUGGGCUGCACCGGGAACACAGCAGCGGUUCAACACAAAGGACGGCUUCUUCACGUCGGCUGCAACAUCACACCACGUCGGCUCUGCCAUGCCCUUGAGGUGCAGGGAGGAGGUCAAUCUGUGUGAGAGCCACCAUGGAGCUCUCUGCCUGACACACACUGCACUGAGAGGGGAAGUGGUGCUACAUCAUAAACCAAACAAAACCAGGAAAAGGUGUGCUUUCUCAAACGUUGUCAUGGCUGAGGGAAGCUGCUUCGGUGCGUUAUAGCUGUUUGGGAUGACCAGAGCCAGACCUUGCCUCAUUAAAGAAGAAGAAGAGGCGAGAGCAAAGAAUACCGACUGAGAGGAGGAAAAACAUCUGCUCAGAGAGGAUACGAUCAGAACAGGGAACCUACUGGAACCUCUCUUUGUAGUAAAGGAAUUUAAACUCCCCAGUAUCAGUCAGUUGAAGGGUUCAAGAAUUAUAUAUUUUUUUACUUUGUGACCAUCUCAGAAAGAGUGAGCAUCAUGUGCCAUGUUAUUGUAACCUGCCGCUCUAUGCUCUGGACACUACUCAGCAUUGUGGUGGCCUUUGCUGAGCUUAUUGCCUUCAUGAGCCCUGAUUGGCUGCUGGGAUCCCCCCGCUCGGACUCCAGUGCGAGCGGGGCGGGCGUGGACUCGGGGGAGUACCGGCCGUCUCUCGGCCUGUACAGCCGCUGCCUUCGUGUCGGGGCCCGGGGAAUUGGGGUGAGCUGCGGGCCCUACGCUCGGACAUUUGGAGAAGUGGCCAGCGGCUUCUGGCAGGCGGCCAUGUUGUUUCUGGCAGCAGGGAUCUUAGUUCUAGCAGGAGUCGCCUGUAUCUCCAUCUUCAGCCUGUGCUUCCAGAGCAUCCUGAAGAAGAGCAUAUUCAACAUCUGUGGACUGCUCCAGGCUAUCGGAGGCCUGUUGCUGAUGGUGGGCCUCAUGCUGUACCCUGCUGGUUGGGGAUCAGAGAAGGUGAUCAACUACUGUGGCGCUGAGGCCUUGCCCUUUAGGCCGGCCCUCUGUUCCCUCGGCUGGGCCUUCUACGCCGCGAUAGGAGGAACGCUGGGGUCCUUCCUGUGUGCCGUUUUGUCUUCACAGGCUGAGAUUGCCACCUCCAGCGACAAGGUCCAGGAGGAGAUUGAAGAAGGGAAGAGUCUAAUCUGCCUGCUCUGAGCCUUCAAAAAACCUGGGGAAACCAUCCUUGGUGUCUUUUCUCUUUUACACACAUUUUUAGAUCUCAGUGGAGGAGAACAGACAUUUAUUAAUGCAAUUUUCUUUAUGAUGAUAUCGCUGGUUGUUGAAAAUAUCGAAGCCCUGAAAACAAAAUAUUAAAAUGCAGAUCACGCUACCAAUAUCCUAUACCUAAUGAUAAACAUGGACAAAGUCAAACGUAUAUUUCCCUUCUACAGCUGCAGGUUGAACGGCCAACAAUGCUCUUGUACAGCAGCAGGCUAAAGAACAUUACCUGCAGACGUAUCCAAUGUUUUUGAACAAGAUAGUGUUUAUUUUUCUAAUUAUCUUUGCCAUAAACAAACCACUGUACUGGAGAAGCAGGAGAUUAGUUAAAGAAAUCGGUAGUCGAUUAGCCAUUAGCAUUUUUGUGGACAGGUUAAUGACUGCAAGUCAGUGCGUAUGUUUAUAACGUCAUUAUAAUGUUCAUUCACACGGUUCACCUGCAAAACGUAACAAACCACUGAAUACUAGCAGAUGUGUCCAUUUAGACUCCCAACAAGGGCUUGGGAGUGUGUAUGUCUGGGAGUGUGUGUGUGUGUGUGUGUGUGUGUGUGUGUGUGUGUGUGUGUGUGUGUGUGUGUGUGUGUGUGUGUGUGUGUGUGUGUGUGUGUGUGUGUGUGUGUGUGUGUGUGUGUGUGUGUGUGUGUGUGUGUGUGUGUGUGUGUGUGUGUGUGUGUGUGUGUGACAGACAUUUACUGUUGUGUUUUCUAAACUUCUUUAUGAUCUGAUUGUGUGGCACAGCAGGACUCUCUAACUUUCCAUAUGCCACUUAAGGGAUCAUUCACUUUAAAGGUGGUUUCCCUGUUAAAUGGAUUGUUUGUGGGUCUCUUGCAGCUUAUUAACUGGCAGAGUGUGUGAACAGAACCGAGACUCGCCAUGUGUUUCUCUAUGGUGGACUUUCAUGAGGAGAUGUUUGCUCAAAGCGAGAUAAAGCAGGCUGCACCAGAGAUUAUCACGGGUUACCUUACUACACAGCACACAGACGAGAUCUGGUUUGUAAAGAUGCCCAAAGAACCGGUUACAUUUUAAAAAGGCUUUGUUGAGCUUUUGCUAAAUGAAUGGGUUUUCAGUGAUGCUUUGAUUAGGGCAGACCUGUUUUGUUUGGUACUUUUGGAGAUCAGAGUAUUGUAUUUUGCACUUGGUUCUCAAUUCAUUUCAAAUUGCUUCAUAACUUCCUAAACCUGCUUCAUCAAGUUGCUGUAAAUGUAACAUCAUGUGAUCACUUUUAUUAUUUGUAGAUAAGAUGUGCAAUAAUUCAACUAUAUAGUGUCUGCUGUGAGAGAGAGUGGACGGAGAGGAUGAGACGUUUCUAGUCUGUCUGUGCUCAAAUGUAUAUCUUGACUGUACUCUGUUUUGUUACAUUAACAAAAGGGUAACAGCAUCCGUGGCACAUUGUAUAAUGCUGCAUGUAUGAGAGGUUGAUAUGUGUGAGAGAUCUGUCUGUACUUUCUACUCAAAUAAACCAGGCCUUCUUUAAAUAUA